GCAACCGCGGCGCAUGGCGGUGAGAUGUGCGGAGAGACCGCGGGGUGCCAGGGUCCUGGGCCAUCGGCGGUCCCCCACGACCCUUGUGCUGUCCCCCUUUGUCCAGGCCCUAGGACAGCCGGCUCGGGAGACGUCAGCGGCCGAAAGCCCACGCACUGCCUGCGCGCCCCGCAGCCCCCGGCCGCCUGGGUCGCUCCCCGACGCCCCGCGUCCUUCCGCCGUCAGGUCCCAGCCGGCCGGUCUCCGCCUAGGGCGCUCCGCCUGCAGCGACGCCGCCCCCGGGACGCACCCCGAACGCCGUGGAGGCGCCGCAGCCUCCAAGAAGCAGACGAAGAAGAAAACUCGGAAUGGGGCGUCUGUGGCGAACGGAGGCGGGAAGGUCUCUGAGGAGCCGGUCUCCGAGGAGGCGCCCGUCAGCGCGGAGGCUCAGGCGGAGCAGCUGGCCCGGGAACUGGCGUGGUGCGUGGACCAGCUGGAGUUGGGCCUCAAGAUGCAGAGACCGAGUCCGAGACAGAAAGAGCAGGCCAUUGGGGCAAUCCGGACCCUGCGCAGCGAAAGAACCCCCCUGCCCCGGAAGAGGCAGCUGAUGCGCUCCUUGUUUGGGGACUACAGGGCUCAGAUGGAAGCCGAGCGGCGUGAGGCCCUUCGGGUUCUCAGAACGGGUGUGUUGAACCUGAAAGCCAUGACCACAGUGAUGGUUUUGGUCGAAAUAAUGGAAAGGCCUGUGGUAAACACACAUGAAAUGUGGACUGCCAGAGGAUGCAGGUAGCCGUGUUGGGGGCCAGUGAAGAGUAAGGAGCAGAGGAGGCACUGGGUGCGGGAGAUGAGGAGGUUGGAGCUGAGAGAUUGGUUGUUGACCUCCACUCAGAGCUUCACAACCCCCCACCCCCCAGUCAAAAACCAGAAAGAUCACAGCUUUUGUUGGGGGGGGUGGUGUUGGCAGUCUCUCUUCCUGUUUGCAUAGUGAUUUGCAUAGUUUGCACACUUUAUGCAGUGGUCUGUCUGCAUCGAUGAGAAAGCAGAGAUGUAGUGUGUCAGGUUUGGUAAUUCUUACACAUUUCCACUAACAAGACACAGUCAUGUUGGAACAUGGACAUAUUUCUCCACACAGCUUAGGGAAGGUCCUUCAUGCAUAAUUUUGGGUUUACGUUGCCUGUUCCCUGAUAAUUUUGUGGGAAAAAAUAUUUCCUUUAUUCCUCUUCAGUGUACAAGGGAGGUAUUUUGUCUUUCAUGGGGAAAUUAUAGUAGAUUCUUACGACUUGCAAAUAUUUCUCCUGGUUGUGUCUUCGGUAUGCCUUCUGACAUUAAUUGGUUUUUGGAAAAUCCCUCGUAACUGAACACUGACGAUCUGUGCGAAUUGUUGAUUUUAUUAGGUUCAGCAAUGGUAUUGUGGUUCUGUGGAAAAUUGUGCUGGUAUUUGUAGAAGUGCAUACUGAAAUAUUUAGGUGUGCAGUGUUGU